AUGAGGGGAUAUAUUCUUGCCUUAAUUGGAGUGGGUAUGAGGCGUGUAAUCGAGGGGAUUUGGGGAAGAAAAUCUACUCAAAAGGCUGAUGGGAUGCAUAAAAUCUUACCAAAAAUGGCCUCCUUUGGGACACUUGGGACGGGUUUUUGGAAGCCUCUUAGGCCGGUCAAGCUUGGUGUUGGGCAAAGUUCAAAGGCUCUAAGGGCUGGACAAAAUGGGCUCAAGCUUGUGGCCUAUGUCUAUUCAAAACUUGUCACUGAUAAAUGGAGCAGGUUGGAUAUAGCUGAAAAGAAUUCUGAGCAAGAAGAAGCCAUAUGUAUGAGGAAGAGAAGGUGGAAACUUAGAAUCAAAGGCAAAAUAAGGCAUUUUAUUUGGAGAUGUGUUGGAACCUCAACCAUGUCCUGGAGCAACCUUGCUACAAAAGGAGUCAUCAUUGACCCCAUAUGCAAAAUCUAUGGAGAAGAACCAGAACUUCAAAUCCUGGUGGUCAAAAUUGUGCUCCAUCAAAAUCUCUAA